UUUCGUUAUUUAAAACCAGUAUACGUGUCAAUUAUUGGUAUUUUGAAGUGAUACUUCACAUUUUAAAUAAACCAUGAACUGUAUAAUAUUUAAAAUACAAACCCUAACCACAACAAAGUCUGAUAAUUGGUCAGAAUACUAAAAAUUUUAAUUUCUAAAAAUGCAAUACGGGUUUUUAAAGUAUGAUGAAUGGAACGACUUAAUUUGGAUAUACAACUCCAUCUCUGGUUCUGUAACAUAUAACAUAUCAGGCUCUUUAAUCGGUCUAAACCCCGAGGACAAGUCUAUUAAACACAUACAUAGUCUCCCUCAAAACACAGGACCCUACUCCGUUUCAGAUGAUUUUAAUUGUUAUUGCGGUUGUUUCGACAACUCAAUACACUCUCUGGCUGUUUACGAGGAAUAUUUGUUGGUAGGCAAAUCUAAGGAUUUGUUCGUGGUUUCUAAGGAUGGAUACAGGUCUAUGAAAGUGCUAUGCUCACCAGCUAAGGAGGAAAUAACAUAUGGCAAUACCAGGCACAUUUCCUGUGCCCUUUUCCCAACUAGCAAAAAUGACCCAAAAAUAGUUCUUUCAAACAACUCAGACGAGUUGUUUUUUAUUGACCCAUUUAAAGGACAAGUAAAGUCGAAGCUGAACGCACAAAUUGAAAACUCGACCUUGGAAUAUAGGGAUAAAAUAACAUCAAUAUCUGAUUUCAUGUCAAACCAGUCCAGCAGUUAUUGUUACUAUUCCUAUCAACCUGAGUAUCCAACCUACGAAACAACUGAUUACACCAGUGCUCAAUAUCCUUCAGAUUAUAAGAACCAGGAUCCAAGUUGUGAGCAGUACACUCCAAGUACUUCUAAUGAUUCACCAUCACAUGGGGAUAAACCAGCGUUUAGUUUUAGGACCAUCGCUGAAAAGUACGGCGAUAUUAGUUCAAUCCCAGAAUUCGUCCCCUCGAGUUAUUCCUUUACUAGCUUAAGUAAUCAAAAUUCUUAUGAGCAAAAUAAUCCUAAUGGAUAUUACCCAUCACAAUCAUUUGGUUAUAAACCUGAUAAUUUCUGCACAUAUGGUACUGGAUUUACCAGCAACAGAGUUCCUCCAACUAAAGCAUUUGUUGAGAGGGCGAAUGGCGCUAUAACUUUGGAGUGUAUCCUGAGUGAGAUGAAGCCCUCAAAUACUUUACAAAACGACUUCGUUGAUUCGACGUGUAUAGGAACAUGUUCAGGAAUUUUACAUGUUGUUGACAACAGGAUUAACAGGAUAGUCUCCUCAGUCUCCUCACACAGUAACCCAGUUUACUCAAUUUCAGCCUCUAACAACACCAUAGCAACUACAUCCUGCACUUUGCAACCCUUACCAAACCCAUAUUGGUACCCAUACCAGUACAACGCCCAAAGCUCCUCUUGUUCAGGUUGUAUGACUCUCUUUGACCCUGUACUCUGCCUCUAUGACAUAAGAAUGAUGAAGAGCUUUUCAAUGAUCUUUCACAGACCACUUUCGAGGGUUUUCAUAGUCCCCAAAAGUGAUAGGCUAUUUGCGCUUUCACCUGACGGUAACAUCUUUGACUUAAAAAUCAGUACUCUCGAGUAUAAAAUGGCCCGAGAACAAACCAUGAAUUCCUGUUUGCAGUACGGUCUAGGAGUAGUUGGUAACUCAGCAGGUGAUACCCUGGACGUAUUCAUGAGUGACUCGUCAUACAAUUUUGAGUCACUGAGAUUUCCAAAUGAGCUUAAGGAGGAUUUCGGAUUCAAUCGUGAGAAUCUACCCCGUAAUUUGUCAGAAAUCCCAAUAUCACAAAGUCGAGAAUUCAACAACACACCCUUCGCCUCAAUGGUUGGUACAUUUGACGGGGAUGUCGCACACAUUUUUGUCCAAAUGUUCUUUUUUCUCCCCAAACUGUCCUCAAUCCAGUACCACAUUUGUGAGCUUAGUAACUGUAUAACUUGCCAAAUUGGAUUCGGACUUCAUAAUCUGCAGGUUUAUUAUGAUAAUAAUAAGGAAACUAGUAAAGAUACGACCUCUGACAGUAAGAUUAGGAAGUUUUCAAACAAUCUCCUGUAUGUAACUCAGCUUCAGGAACUCAUGCUUAUUGAGAACCAACCAACUCUGAAAACCCCAAUACAUCUAUUUCUAUGGGUACUUGAGAAGAUGAGUACUGAGAUGCACAACUACUAUAACAAAAAUAAUCUUAAGGUCACAACCAGCUUAAUAAAGGACCUGUUUUCCUUUUCGAAGAAGACUUUUAGUAGAUGUCUGAGCUACAAUCACGUAAACGUGGUUGUUAAUGUGGGAAACUACUGUGUGGACUAUUAUGAGAUUACUGACACUCCCAAAAGUGACACGACUCAAUCUGAUAACAUUUCAAUGGACUUCUGUAAGGACUGUAACAAAGUAGUUGAGUGUAUAGUUGACGUUGAGUACUUGAGCAGUCCCAACAUCCUUAUAAUCGACUUCAUUAACUACAGAGUCGAGAACAUUCCCAGGGAAAUGGAUUUCAACGAUCACAAAUACACCCUCGAGUGCUUUUACUUCACACUACCACCAGAGAAUCUGCACUAUAGGUCCCUAGCAUGUAUUAAAUUACCACCAAAAUACAAGACGGAGGAGUACAACUGGAUUCUAAUAAAUGAUGGAAUUGUAAUGUAUGUAGAUGACAAUGACGACGUGUUCAACUUUACGAAAAAUUGGAAAAUUCUCCUCUUUGCCAUUUACACCAAGAACAGCACAGAACAAAGCGAUGAUGAUAAGGAUCAUAACGAAAAUUUUAACGGAAUAGAAGAAAUAAUACCCUGCGCAAACGUAGAAAACAACAUAAUUUCAAUUAAGAACAGAUUAGUUCCACUGCCAUGUCCCACCAAGAGUAUCCCAGUUCCACCAUAUAUUCUACUCUCUGAACACAACAUUGCGCAUAAUCCUCUGGCUCAUAAUAAGAUUAAGACGUUCACUCCUAUUUCAAUCCAUGAGUUAAAUUUGAUCCAGGAGUCUAGUUUCAUGUUUGCUCUCGAUAUUGAGUAUGUUAAGACUGACCUGAAGAACACCCCAGUCAACGACACCUCUAAUGAGAAAUCAUCAUUCAUACUUAACGAGGAUGAGAAUAAUUAUUUGUACUCUCUAGCCAGGGUCACUGCCAUCAGGGCAAAUGACGAUAAUUUACAUGGCAUCCCGUUUUUGGACCACUACAUUCUAAACAAUAAACCGCCCAAGGAUUAUAACACGAGAUUUUCUGGGAUCCGCUCUGGUGAUCUGGAGCUUAAAUCUUCUCUGCACUGGCUGACAACUCAGAAGAUGAUAUACUUAAAGUUAAGAUAUCUUAUUGAUAAUGGCUGCAAGAUUAUCGGCCACGGUCUCGAGCAGGACCUUCGGAUUUUAAACAUUUGUGUCCCGAGUGAGAAUGUGAUUGACACCCUGGAGCUUUUCUGGAUUCCUGGAAAGCGCUACAUGUCUCUCCAGUUUCUAUCGUACCAUAUUCUGAACCAGAAGAUCCAGGUGUCCGAGCACAACUCCAUUGAGGACGCCAAAACCUCACUUCACCUUUACAGGUUUUACUUGAACCACAAGGAUAAUAUCAAGUCUAUAAUAAAGAACUUGUACGACGUCGGCUACAAGACGAACUGGAAGGUGGACUAA